AGCACGUGUAGUUUGUUCGAGGCAGUCGUUGGUUUUUGGUGGUGCCGUUCCCAGAUACAAGUCGCGGCCCCCUUUGCGAAAAGGCUUUAAGUGCGAACGCAAUGCGUUGUGACAAAAAUGGGGUUCCAAGAUCACGACAAGCUGUGCAGCCGCACCCUUUCUUCUUUCGCCACUGACUAUGCACACCACAGGACACCCGAAGAACAGGGAGGCCCAUGAAGCGCCGGCGCGCGUCGGUGGGGAACUCGCGGUGGGGCGGCAGCUGUAUGCUUGUGCAAAAAUUAUAUCAUAGAUAUUGAUCAACAUUCCGCCUACCACUUUUUUCAUGCAAUCUUGCAAGGGCUCCAAGCGGGGUGAGCGUGAGCAAUAUAUAAAGAAUUUUGGUUUUCUGUUCUUGCAUGCUGAUUGCUAGGCUUUGCAGUUCUGAACAAGACCAGCAUUUCGAUUCGUAUUGGGCCCCCGGGCAGAUGGACGACACUGCGACGUUGAUUGUGCUUCGUUGUGACUAUCGGUCUUGCACAGCAAGGGGGCCGUCCAGAAGUGACUCAACACAGACAAAUCAAAUACCAGCUGUGCCUGUGACGGUAGGCCGUGGCACAAUGAAAAAUCGCAGCUGUGCGUAUUCUUGCUGGUCUGCGCUUUUCUUCUGGUACUGUGCCACGAGGCUAAAAGUGGCAGGGUGAAUGAAUGAUAAACGCGAUAAGGCCCCCGACGCAGCUGUUACCGUUACGCACGAGAAAUCGCAUGGAAAGACUCCAAUCGGUUGCCAAAGUUACGAGGCAAGUAACGUGGGCCGCAUAGAAGAAGCUGCACCCGGGGCGCGCGACGUCUGUGAUCUGCUAGAGCAAUGGAAAGGAUUGCCGCUUUCAGCGAAAAUUUCUGCGAACAGUUCAGCCUCGAAUUUCGCCGCAAGAAAUGAUGCCGUUCUCGCAGUGGCAGUGCGGCAUACGAGCUGUGGAACUCCUGCAGGUGUUGUUCCGAAGGGUCGAGAAUGUCAUCAACAGGUGCCGCACCAGUGUGAGCCUAGCCAUCCGCUCGAAGAGUCCGGCAGCGCAACCGGUGGGAUCUCCCGACGACGCAGCUUGAACCAAUCUUCUAGCGCACGUCAUAGCAGUAGCAGGUCCGACGAUAGCGACCGGCGGCUGUCGGCGGCCACCGACGUCGCAACCGCGAACCGAACAAGGCCGCGCCCAUCAGAAAGCGGCUCUGCAAAUGAGAACGGACAAUCGGGCAGCCUUGCCACCACAAUGGAAAACCUUCGAAAAGCUUCGCUACGGCAGCUUCUCGAGUACGUCUCUCGCUGUGUAGCGGAGCUCAUGCAGCAUCGAAAACACGACAUGCACGUCAGCGAAGCUACGGCUGGCAAACGGAACCAGUCGUGGAACCAGAUCUCGCUCGUCAGGGUGCUAGCGACCCUGGCCGAACUACUACGCGAAGCAGCCAGUGCAUCACCCUUACCGAACUGGACGAACGAACUUUCCACGUACAAGGAGAUGCUGGAGGAGUUAUUUCAAACAUGCGUGGAGUCGGUCGGCUUGUGGAUGGCGCAGUAUUCGAAGAAGAAUAUCGUGUGUCAAAACAUCCCCAAAUCCUCCCCAGAAACAGCUCUAGAGCACAGAUUUGCACUUCCGAAAAUAGUUGUGAAGUAGUUUACUAGACGUUUGCGUCGCAGCUUUCCUUGAAAAGCAAGCUCAGAUAGUAUUUGGCACUAAUUAACCGGGAUAGGUGCUGGGGCAAUGGGUUUGUGAUGCUAUUACGGUAUGCGGACCCAAAGUUGUAUACUGGCACUUGCAAUUGCAACGCUGCAUGUGCGAGCUAUUAUUUUAAACCAGAACAUACAUCUUGACUAUUCUGGGGUGGGUAGGGGUACGCUUUUACACAGGAUAAAGAAACGUGCGAGGCUAUGUUCGGCCCCGAACCGAAUCGGAGGGUUCCAGCCAGUCCAAAUGCUGGCUCUUUUCGAAGCGAUGGAUACCGCUGGACGUGCAAUUCCAGACGGCAAAGGGUACCCGUUGGCCCACAUGUUGUACCUGCUGCAGAAAGCUGGAUGGGUCGGCUUUUCCGCACUAGGACUUGCGAACUCCGCUCGAGCGCUAAAGAAGAUCACCUCCGCAGACACGCAUGCAAAAACGCUGGAGAGCAUGUGCGCGAGUCGCGUCACAACCGUAUCCAGCGAAACUCGGAUGAAGCACGUACCUGUCGAACAAGAAUUGUGGGGCGAUAUCCGCUUGCUGCAUGCUGUGCUGCUGCACCUCAGCGAAGAGAACGACCAGUGGCGGGACCAGUCUAACCUAACGGGAAAAGCCGCGGCAUUCGGCUUCAAGAUACUCAGGGCAUGCGCCAAUCCCGGAUCGCUAGAAUCCGUGGCUAAUCUUCAUUGCCGCGAAGUCGUUUUGCGGCUUCUCGUCUGGUCCGUGGCGCGGGUCUUCCGACUCACCCCCUUCGAGGUUUCAGGAGCAGCCGGACCGAUCCGCACAACAGCAGAGAAGCGGUGUUGGCAGGUCGGCGACCUUGACCCAACUUUCACCGCAGGCGCCCGUGCAAUUUUACGGCUUGCGGAAAAAGCCGCAUCGCAGCAAAGGAUUGGCGUCGAGCUCGGCUUUUCCAUCGUGCAUCUGCUCCGCGGCAUGAAAGCGACAUGCUGGAGAUCGGGACGCAUUCUCAUGGCCUUAUUGUUGGAGAACUUGAACUCGAAGACGCUGGACAGCCACUCGAACUCCAACAAGUGCAGCAAGCUUAUCGAAAUUCUGCAGCAUUGCGCGCACUACGGCACCCAUCUCGACCUCGUGCCGGAAAUGAGAACUCUUCUCCGGCGCGCGUUGUUGUCAGGAGGGUGUCACCUCAGCUUGACUGCAGUUCAGGAGGUGGAGGUGCUGUGGAGUGCAGUCGUCAUCGCCAGUUCUCGCCAGCAGAAGAACACCGGCAUCCUGGGACCUACUUCGUGUGGCGUCCUUGUCAACGGCCAACUCCACCAAAGCGCGUCUCUUCCCGGAAAUACCACGCAAGAAACUGGGCGGCUAUCCAUAGUAUCAGGAGAUGCGCAUGUGUCUGGGUCUGCAGAAUUAUCUUUAUCUUCAUUCUAAGUACUACUUAGUCGACAAAAAAACACUGCAAUUCGGAAGCAACAAAGAUGACCAGCUUUAUUUGCUAUUGGACACUGGCGGGGGCCACGCGUCUCUCUCUCUACUUAUGUGACUGAGCCGCAUGACGAUGACAAAGACAAGUUCGAGUUGCCUUGGCAUUAUAUUUGAAGAAUAAGAAUAAGUAGAAAAAUAGAAAAUCAAAAACGACAUCGUAGCGCAACGACAGUGAAAGAAUUUCUUUUCCGUCAGCCAGAGCUGCAACUGGUACUAACCAUGAAGCAUAACACGCCUGCUUUGCUCCAGACACAAACAUGUUUGUGUGUCAUCUAGGUUGGCGAGCGCCACCGACUGUCCCGAACACACAAAACUCCUCCACGACGCCAGACGCGCAUAUGAUUUGUGUGCUGGGAAGCUAACUAAAACGGUUCUUCCGGUGGAACAGCGAUCGAAACUGGUGCUCGUGGCACUCGUUCUGGGCAGGACAGUGCCGGAGAGUCUUCGCCGUAUCGCGGCAGGUGACGUCAGGGCAGUUUCGCAUGUGUCGAACACCCAAAUGCGGGUGCACUCGAAGAUUUCGGCCGCGUUGCACCACUUCUCGCAGCCCAUGAUCGCGGUGCAGGAGGUGCCGUGCCUCGAUGGGCUACUUGCUCCGGUUGACAUCCUGAUAAAGCCGCGGCCGCCCAGCAACCAGAAUGGAAUCGCGCAUGACAGAUCUGUCGUCGUUGAAGUGGACGGGCCUCACCACUUUUACGAGAUUUUGGACGCGGAAGACCACGGAGCCGGAAUGCCAAUGACAUUCUACACAGGGCCAAGCGUAUUGCGGCACGAGGUCCUACGACUGCACGUCUCUCCAGUUGUUCACCGCGUGCGGCACUUCGCGGAAAAAGCUGACGUAGAUAGCACCAUGGACACAUUACGCGACAUCUUAUCUUCGCAGCAGGGUUGUGAAGAUGUGCAGGGAGUAAAUGGCAGCGGCUUUGUGCCUAUGAACAUGCAAGAGCAUGAUGCCUAAUAGGCUUCCAAGCUGUCUUAAGUUUCAGCAACAGACCGAAAACACAUGCGGUCCUAGCUACAGUCACAAUAAGAGCUUUUUUUGUUACUUACAGAUGUUGAUGCUGAUCCAAGAUCGUCCACUGCCUAAUUCUCUAGGGAUACAAUUGCAACUUUGCACUCGUAGCAAACUCUUUACACAAUUUAGAGCUUUUUUUGAAAUCAAUGCACCGCGAACCCGGGGUCCAAAUGGCGCCCGGCAUUUUUUUUUCUUUUAGAAAGUCAGAUAAGUUUUAGAAAGUCGAGCGCGGCGCAACACUGCAUAUAUCAACAGCCUCUUGUUACUUGUCCACCCAGUUCCCAGCGUGAUGGUUCGGCUGGACGCUGGCCAGCCACAAAAGCACCUGUAGUUACAGAGACCCCACAGAAAAUUGUUUCAGGCACCUGCAAGAAGUGUAAAAAUUUGUCCGGAGCGCAACUGCAGAAGUUGCAGAUAGGUCAAUUGAUUACUGGGAAAAUUAUUUUUGCAGGGUAACGGAAGCUCGUCCCGCGACAUCAUUUUUUUAGAGAAUUAGAUGCGCCGGACGUCCGCUAUGAAUUUUUUACUUUUGAAGCAAGAAUUUUUUCCAAGAAAACACGAACGGAAACGAAUGCCAGAAAGAAAUCUAAAAUAAAAACUCGAAUCAUCUACUGAAAACGUGGAUAUUAUCUCUAGCAGUCACACCUUUCUUGACCUCAGCAGCUCUUUCAACAUUUGUCGGCACGCAUGUUCUUGCGCGACCAGCCGCAAAACCAAUACGCUUGGAGAAAGAGCAGCCGCGCUUUCCUAGGAGUGACUAGUCGCUCUCCUGCUCUUGGGGUCAGAAAGUGAUUUGCGAAUCGAUGCAGAGACUUUUUUGAAUACGCGGGCGCGCCGUGACUCCAUCCAUGCGUAAGUCCACAAAAGCGUGGCUAUGCAGGAGUCCGAGAAAAUAUUUUUUCGCACCCCUUUCUACCAUCUGGUUUGCAAGUAGCACAAAUUGAAGCUUUAUCGAGCUAUGCAACUUUAUCAGAACUGUUUUUCUUUUUGCUGCAGCGCAGUUUUUCAAUUUUCAAUAGAGAAAGUUAGUAAUGAAAAGCCGCUAUAUAAUUUAUAGAAGGACUGACGUAGAUGCAUUUGCUUUUUUCGUGGCGGGCCUGAAGCGCAAUCGCUUCCAAGGGCAGGCGCAAUGGAGGGCAUACAAGUUCGAGUUUUCAAAACAAAAUCACGAAAGUCAAGAACAGAACAAAAACAAAAAUUUAGUGCAUGCGGUAGCGCGUUUUG